CUUGCUUUCUUUAAUUUUUUCCAGCCAUGGUAUCGUGUGGCCGAAAUUUUAUAGAUUUUGCCAAUGUGUUCAAAGCCUUUGUUGGGAGCUUUUAUCUGUCUGUUGCUUAUUGGUUCAGCCAGUGUGGUUUGAUACUCACUAUGGUGUGUAUUUUAGUGACUGCUAUAACAACAGACUAUUGCACUCAGCUGAUGAUUAAAUGUAAACAUGAAAUCAUAAAUAGAUUGACCAUAAUUGAUAAAAAAGAGCAAGAUAUAACUCCUGAAGAAAAAGCUCACCAGUUGCAAGAAAGGGAAAGGAUUGGUCGGAACCUCACAUACGCUGAAAUUGCAAAUAUAACUUUAGGAAAAAAUGCUGUUUAUGUGGUUAACACAGCAAUUUUUAUUACACAAUUUGGAUUUACUACCCAAUAUAUAAUAUUCCUUGGAAAUACAAUACAAGCAUUAUUUCCAUAUACUGCAAAUAAUUCAACCAAUAAUUCAAAUUUAGCGGAUGGCGAUAUUUACCCUGUGAACGAUAAUGCGAGAUUGACUACUGCACCGGUCUACGAGCUGACAGUUAUCAUACCAAUACCAUUUUUUAUUGCUUGUUCUUUGUUCCGGGAUGUCCGUAAGCUGGCGCCUGUAAGCCUGGCUGGCAAUAUGGCUAUCUUUUGUGGGUUUUUUGCAACGCUGGGAGUUAUCUACAGUGAUUUUCACAUAAUCGAAGAAAUCCAGUUUGCCCAAUGGGCUGCACUUCCACUUUGUUUUGGGGCAGUAUCAGGAGCUUUUGAAGGCAUUGGAACAGUAAUUCCAGUCGAGUCCAGCAUGGUAGGCAAUCGACACAUGUACCCAUGUUUCCUUCACCUGACAAUUGCCCUGCUAGCGUUGAUCUCAUCAACUCUUGGCGCCUCUGGCUACCUCAGAUUUGGAAGUAAUACUCAACAGAUCAUCAUUGAAAACUUGAUAGAAACUGAAGAGUCAACCUUACUCACCAUCAUCUAUUCAUUCAUCUGCCUAAGUGUUGCGCUCACCUAUCCGCUCCAACUCUUUCCUGUUUUAGGAGUAAUUGAGAAUGGUCUGUUUCUACCAGGAAAGAUAUUAGGUCCAAGGAAACUGAAGGCUGAUGACCAUGAUGAGCUGGACAAUGGCCAUAAUAUACAAAACCCUUUAAUUGACGAAAAUAAAGAAUUAGCAAUUGCCAUCCCAAAAUCGGUCCCUGCAUGGCAACGUAAUAUGCUUCGCAUUUCUCUCAUCUGCAUUCAAGUUGGUAUUGCAAUCCUUUUGAAAAACCAAUAUGCCUACUUUGGAAGUAUUGUUGGCACCAUUGGAGCGUGUGUCCUGGGAUACAUCUUACCCCCACUCAUUCACAUUAAGCUCUGGCGUCAUCAAGUGAGCUGGGCUUUUACUGCGCUAAAUAUAUUUAUUGUCUGCAUUUUUGGCAUUAUUGGAGGAAUAAUGAGUCUGUCUUUUGGUUUUAAAACUAUAAUUGAAAGACUGAUAAACUGAUUCAUCCGUAUUUUGUAUUUGUAUUUUUACAUUGUAAGCCGGGCACAUACUGCAUUUACGAUGGUUGUACGACAAUGCGCUAGGCAAUGCGACGGCGUCUACUGUUCUUCCGUGUUAGUCUGUAAUGAUUGUCAGUAGAAACGAUCCUUUCGUGCGAGGAAUGGGGUUUCGUUCUCCACAGAAGCGCUUCUGCCGUAGGUGCGCAACGAGAGCCUGGCUUUAAAUUUGAUAUCAACACUGAUCGUAAUUAAAAUCAAUCCUUUGUGCAUGCGUCGUGGCGUUCUGUUCUCCACAGAAUCGCCUCUGCUGACGACCGUAGGUGAUCAAUGAUUGCCCGGCUUUAAAUUUUAUAUCAAACUGGUAUGUAUGUAAUGCCAUGAUUUAAAUAAGAGAUCACAAUCACAAAUAUGAUACUUGAUAUACGAUGUCAAUAUGAGUUUCAAUAACUAAUUAAUAUUGAAAUAGAUUUUUAAAAAAACAAGUUAUAAUGUAUUUUGAAAUUGUAUUAUUAAGAUAUACUAUCUGCAAUGAGCUAAUUAACUUAAACAAUAUAAUUCCACGUUUUAAUUGCUCUUGAUAUUUGAUUAAAAUUAGAAUUUGUAAUUAGCAAUAAGAUUUCUGUAUUAAAAGGUGCAAGCUUGUAUUACCUAUUUAAAGGAACAACGUUUUUAACAGUUUUUAAAUUUGAAUACUAAUACUUUUACAUUAAAAUAUAUAUUUUUCGGUAAUGCAAUAAAAGCAGUUAUAAUGUGCUUUUCAGGUUAUAUAAUUAGUAUGGAACUUUUUACAAUUUUAUGCAGUAAUAUGUACAUAUUAAAGAUGUACUGUCUGUCAUUAGCUAAAAAAUUGAAAACAUUCAAUUCCAUUUUUUAAUUGCUUUAGUUAUUAAUUUACAAUUAAAAAUUAAUGAAAAGGAAUCCAGUCAACAGACAAUUAAAUAAUAUCUUUAUUUAUUAUUUUGUGUAGACCUUUAAAUUGACUUAAUCAAUUAAAGAAUUUUUGUGGUAAAAUGUCUAUAAAUCAGUGAAAACUUUUUUUUUUUUUUGGUUUGUGUCAGUUAUGAACUUAUUUGAUCCUUUUAAAGGUACUACUCAAAAAUUUAAUUUCAUUUUUGAGGCUUUGUUUCUGAUUUUUUUUAGUUGUACAUCUUUAGGUAAAUUAAUUAAGUUUAAUGUUUUCCAAUACCUCAUUAGUGAAAUAUUCAAAUGUAAUUGUCCAUAAAAAAAAAUGCAAUAUGUAUGUAUUUUUGUAAUUAAAGAUUUUAAUUGGGACACAAAAACUGAUAUAGAAUUUAUUUUGUAUGAGUUUCAUAUUGCUUGCUAUUACCGUAAAUUCUUGAAUAAGUGCAUGUGUGUUGCGUCAUAUUUUGUA